ACCUUGUAGGCGAUGCUCGAGAGAACAACAUGUUCUCCUGCUGUGUCCUGACAUGCUGCUGACCUCCUCGUCACAGAAGAGGCCAAAAUGAGAGUCGUUCCCAAGAAUAUAGGCAUUGGUUCAACCCUCACCCUCGACGCCUCUGGCCCUUUGCCAGAAGGCACCCACAGAGCUCCACAUAGCAGAUCAAGCAGGAGCUGUUGGAUGGAUUCAAUUUCUCCAUCUUCGAAGAAGGGCAGGUGCACCACACCACCAACCACGACCAGUGCUGGUCUGGGUAUGAAAAUGAGGUCUGCAGGAUGCCAACUUUCCAGCCCAGCACAGGGGAGAAGCUGUUGGAGUCCCUGUUUCCAGCCUUUCUAACUAAACCCACCUCCUCCUAUGCCACCUGCCUGGGCCCCUACUGGGACUUUAUCACCGUGCCACACUUUUUGGAACUACUGGUUAGAAGGUGAGUGUCCAUCCCCUCCAAGGCAUGGAGGUGCCUCUCUCCCCUACUGGCUCUGUCUUGAAGAUGCAGCUCUCCGAGCCUUGGUUGGCUCCUCUGGAACAGGGAGUAGUGAGAAGACGAACCUCACAGGGUUCUUGUAGAGACUGAAUGAUCCAAGAGACGGCAAACAAAGGAGUUCCAAGAGCAAAAAACUCUGGAAAACCUGCUGGGGGUGCUGUGAUUCAUGUUUAUUACUUUUCUCUUCCCCCUCACUGAAGCAGCUCUCAGCAUUCUGCCUCAACGGCCCAUAUCCCUCGCUGUUUGGAAAAACACAUAGAAAGCAAGUCUGCGAUGCCAUUGGUAAAGGAUGUCUGAGAUUCCUUCCGGCUGGUCUUUCUCCUUGACACAGACAGAAGACAGGUCCCUUGGUGCUGAAAAAGGAGUCACAGGCCCACUCAGACAUCUGGAGGGGCUCACUGGGGUUCUCCAAUGGUUGGGGUUCACUCAUUCCACACAUACAUACAAAACACCUCAUUUAUGCAUCGCUCUUUUUGUGGCUUGGCAUAAUUUCAUAAGCAAAGCAGAUGACAAUCCCUGGGCCUCGAUUCUACUCAGAGUCAGGUGCUCACAGUAGACAGAAUGAACAAGUCAUAUCUACAGAAUGUUAGAGGUGAAACCCUCGUGGCCUCCUCUAUGUAUGGUGGCAUCCUCCCAGAUUCUGACUAGAAUGACGGAGCCCAGCAACAAGUAUAAACUGGGUGAAUUUAGGGUUCUAAAGGGCCUUUUCACCCACAAAACAUGGGGGAAAAUAUGUGGACUCUGGCUGGGGAGAGACUAAAGGAGCCCUGGGGCUCAUACUUCUUAUAAUUCCCAAGACAAGGCUGACAUCUGGAGACUUCCCCCACAAGAGGCAAAUAGUGAGUUCUGUAAAUGGAGACUUAGGUCCCCUGCAAAGGAGAGGGGAGGCUGGGGUCACAGCUGGCAACUGAGAGACUCAUCCCCAGCACCGUGGCUUCCAAGUUCUCCCUGUCCUCCUCCAUCAGACAUCUGCCCCUCCCCUCCUAACCCCAGGACCAGGGGACCCGGAGCUAGAGCUUUGAUGAGGAAGCUGCUCACAAAUCUUCCUGGAGCUGCCGUCUUGAGUGCCCAGGUGCACAGUGCUGUGCUCCAGGGCCUUUGGGAAGAGAAUGUCAGUGGGACGCCAGGGCACACAGGGGUCUGUACAGCCCUGCUGCAUGGGCAGAUCUGCCCCUUCCAGGAUAGUACUGAUGGCUUGGGGUAGGGUGGGGCUGUCCUCUACACAGGCAGCAAGAGGCCAGGGACCCCGAACCAUGCAAGGGUGCCCUGGAGGGUUGUGUGGGAGAAGGCCAGGCCUCUGACUCAGCUGUCCACUCCAUCACCAGCACCACCACCUCCAUUUUGUUCACCUGGCCCCCAGAAAACUCUUCAGCUUGCUAUCAGUCCCUGCAACAGUCAUCUUUCUGGACAAAGCUGGCCUUCAAAAACUUUGCCUGGCCUGGACUGGGCUUGGAGGACCAUCAGGAAAUUGUCCUAGGCCAGUUGGUGCUUCCGGAGCCCAAGGAGGCCAAGCCAGAUGAUCUUGCUCCACCUCCUGGGCAACAGGUAUUAACAAUGCUGGCCCUGGAGCCAGCACCACCACUGCUGGUGGACCUGGGGCCUGCUCUGGAGCCAGAGUCACCGGCAGCCCUGGGUGCACCAGGAUAUCUACAUUCAGCACCAGGGCCAGCACCAGCACCAGGGAAAGGGCCCCCACCAGGGACAGUGCUGGAGCCACACACAGCCCCGGAGUCCCCCUGUCCUUGUCCCAGGACUGUAAAGAACCAACCCAGUGAGGAGCUGCCUGACAUGAUGACCUUCCCUCCCAGGCAGCUGGCAGAGCAGCUGACCCUCAUGGAUGUGGCGAGCAGCUGGGCUUUGCAGGCUGUGUCUCUGGCACCAGCUGUCUCAGACCAGCCUCUCCCUGAGGAGCAGACAAUGCCCUGGGUCCAAUUUCAGCUCCACUUCUUACCAACUAUGGGAUCUGGGAGCAAUUCAAGAAGUGCUCUAUGAAUGCUUGGAGCUGUUCAAGUGGUGCUCUAUGAAUGCUUGGGCUCCAUCUGGGGCCAACGACAUAAGAAGGGGAAUGAGCAUGUGGCACCGACAGUUCAUGCCACCAUCGCACACUUCAACAGGCUCACCAACUGUGUCACCACCUCCUGCCUCGGGAACCACGGCAUGAGGGCCCGGGACAGGGCCAGGGUGGUGGAGCACUGGAUCAAGGUGGCCAGGGAGUGCCUAAGCCUCAACAACUUCUCGGUGCACGCCAUCGUCUCUGCUCUGCGCAGCAACCCAAUACAUCGGCUACACAAGACGUGGGCAGGAAUGUCCAGCAAAAGUAUGAAAGAUCUAAAAGAACUCGGCAAAAAAGACACUGCAGUAAAGAGGGACCUGCUGAUCAAGGCGGGGAGCUUUAAGGUGGCCACCCAGGAGAGGAACCCCCAGAGAGCCCAGAUGAGGCUGCGGAGGCAGAAGAAGGGUGUGGUCCCCUUCCUGGGGGAGUUUCUGACUGAGUUAAACAGGUUGGAUUCGGCCAUCCCGGACGAUCUGGACGGCAACACCAACAAGAGGAGGAAGGAGGUCCGAGUUCUGCAGGAAAUGCAGCUGCUCCAAGUGGCUGCCAUGAAUUACAGGCUUCGGCCUCUUGAGAAAUUUGUCACCUAUUUCCCAAGAAUGGAGCAGCUCAGUGACAAGGAGAGCUACAAGCUGUCUUGCCAGCUGGAGCCCGAAUCCCAGUAGGCCAGCAACAUCCUGCAGUGGCUAGGAACCCACCGGGAUGCUGGCCAGAACACCGGCUCUGCACCAACUUUCACCCACACCGUGGACCCCAGGGAAGCACAUCUAGGAGGCUGGCAGCUCAGCUGCAUCUUGCCCCGGAUCCUCAUCACCAACUGCUCCUGCUGGCCAGGAUCAGGCCAUGGGACUUUUGCGAGUCAGGCGGGAGACCAUUUUAUGUUUAUUUUCUUUAGUGUAUAAGUAAGCGUUUUUUCUUAACUUUCAUUAAAAUAAAAUUUUAAAACACUAUUC